AUGCCUGACCGCCGCCUGUCGCAACUGCUCAAAUCGAAGCUUCUGCGCCGAUCAUCGACCACGGCUACGACCUCUCCGAAACAGAACCAGAAACCCGUUAACGCUCAGAAAAAGGCGGCCGUCGGGGCGGAUCCGCUUGUCGACCCCAACUCAACCUCCGACCUUUCCUGUUCUCUGCCUCCUCAUCUUUUGACCUCUAACGAAGGAGAGGGUGAUGCCAAAUCCCGUGCCUACAGCAUAAUUUCCUCCAUACCCCUCGACCAUCCCAGUUCCCCCGACGAGAUUCCUGGUCCUGCUACUGGUUCCUCAGCAGGCUGCGAACAGUACUUCACCCACUUCGACCGAUCGGGCGCAAACUCACGUCAAGAAGGAUCGCAGAACGGUUCAAUUCAGCAGUCUCCGACAUUCACGAGGACCCUUCGGCACAAGCAACUGACCGAGGAAAAAGACAAGGGGAAGUUACAAUCGCGGGAGGGGGAUCAAAGAGGCGAAUACGGAUACCAACGUAUCCGGAAUGACUCCAACGACUCCGAUCCUCAGUACAGCUUGACCACAGAACUUGCCAAUAAGCCCUCUACACCACAGACUCCCGCUGGCGACGACUCGCUACAUUCACCGUCGGCGACCCCUCUUCCCCUUUCGCCUUCUCUGCCAGGACCCACUGGCGCAAGCUCGCUUCAAGCAGCAUAUCGACCAGUCCGAGAAAAUUCCAGCGUGCCACUAGUCGAAUCUCAAUUGACUCCGUCCUUGGGUGCUGUCGCCGAGGACUCUUCUGGAGAAUCUGCAUUUCAUUUCGUGGGCCCUUCGUCGUCGUCCCCGUUUCCGAAGCGGCCCCCCUUGGGGUUCCGCCGUCAGUCGCUUCUUCCAGCCUCACAUCAACACUUGAUCAGUGGUCUUCUGGGUUUCGGGCCUUCUCAGAACCUCGGCCAGGGCAGCGGUCACCCUUCCACAGUCAACGCUGAUAUGAUUCCUCGAAAAGUCUGGGUCAAACGGCCAGGGGGCUCGGCCACCCUGGUACCGACCAUGGAAGAUUCGCUUGUUGACGAGCUGCGCGAUCAAGUUAUCAUGAAGUACGCCAACUCUUUAGGGAGAACAUUUGAUUCACCUGAUAUCAUGAUCCGCAUUUCUCCUCGAGAAGGUUCCAACCGACAGUCUACGCCCGAGCGGAUAUUGAGUCCCGAGGAACCGUUAGGCGUGGUCCUUGACACUUAUUUUCCUGGUGGUCAGACGGUGGACGAAGCGUUGGUCAUAGAUAUCCCUCAACGGCGGACGCCGAAGCCGUCCCCCCGUCACCCGGUAUAUUAUCACCAUUCGGAACCGGGAGAGCAUGGCGAGUACUUUCCGCUCAUGCCUGCGAAUCCAAAUGCCCCGACCCCCCCCACUCAUCCGUCGGCCUCAUCUACGAGUGUGAACGCCCACCAUACGGGCCCCUCAAUCUCUAUUCUCACCACGGACUCGAAUAUGGCCUCGUGUCCUCAGCCUCCCGUAGCAGCGCCCCAGGUCCCUACGCCACCUGGUCCUCCUCCCGAGUCGCCCCAGACCAAGACGCACACGCCGCCAGCGCGUGUUGCCUCGCCGCGCCCUCGUCCCACGAAACCGAAGAAGGCCGGCAACGGCCAAUCGCCAAACGCUGCCUUUGGUGGCCUUAUUGAAGGCACGGUACCUCCCAUCAAUGUCCUCAUCGUCGAAGACAAUAUCAUCAACCAGAAGCUCCUGGAAGCCUUCAUGAAACGCCUCAGCGUCCGUUGGAAGUGCGCUGCGAACGGUGAAGAGGCGGUGAGGAAAUGGCGCGAGGGUGGGUUUCACUUGGUCCUGAUGGACAUCCAACUCCCCGUCAUGAACGGGUUAGAUGCGACCAAGGAGAUCCGGAGACUUGAGCGCCUAAACGGGAUCGGUGUCUUCACCAAGACGGCCUCGGGACGAUCGAGUGCCAGUUCUUUAUCGCCGGAGGUUAACCAAGCAUCAUCGGAGGUUUCGCUGUCUGAGGAGGAUACUCUUCAUGACUUGUCUCUGUUCAAGAGUCCCGUUAUCAUUGUCGCUCUGACCGCCAGUAGUUUGCAGAGCGAUCGGCAUGAGGCUCUGGCUGCCGGCUGCAAUGACUUUCUGACCAAGCCUGUUGGAUUUCCUUGGUUGGAACAAAAGGUGACAGAAUGGGGCUGCAUGCAAGCUCUGAUUGACUUCGAAGGCUGGCGGAAAUGGCGAGGAUUUGCCGACGAACCCCAGUCAUCUUCUCCCACCGAUGGAGGUUUCACCAGCCCUCUGCAGGCGGGCGCUAAUGGUGUGUCCAGUAGAACCUCGACCUCCCCGUCAUCUGCAGCAGUCAACGCGACGGCCCGGGCGUUUGCCACAGGCCCUGGUGCGGGUAAACGCAAAUCAACCGUUCCCGAAUUGACCAAGCCCGUGGAUAUCCUUCCUGAGGAACCUCCCGGAAGUGGUAGUGGUGAGGGCAACGAGACUCUAGAUUCACCAGCCAGCCCUCUUACCUCCGUGCAUGUGGGUGACCCAACUGAGCCUCCUGGUGACGAGGAGCAGCAAGCUCUGGAUGCUACGUAG